GCCAUUUUAGAUUUUAAAUAUUUUUCGGACUUAUUUAACUUCAUAUAGUGGAAUUGUAUUACUUUAUUGAUCAAUUUGUAAAUAACAUUUAAAAGAAAUUAAUUAUAAUAAAUGAUUAUAAUAAAUAGAUUUGGAUCUCUUUUAAACACGUUCAGAAAUAUGGGAAAGGGGACCAAGUACUAUUAUGCAGUAGCGAAAGGUCGUAAACCUGGAAUUUACAAUAGCUGGGAUGAAUGUCAGAGACAAGUACAUCACUUCUCUGGACCAGUGUUCAAAAAAUUUCAAACAGAAGCAGAAGCGCACAACUUUAUUCAGCAAAACACAGCAACAAGUACAAACUGUGAUACGAAACGUCCAUUAAAUGUUAGAACUUCUAAAAGGCCACGAGUAGAAAGCAAUGAAAAUACUGAUAAUAAACGAUUAUGUUCAGGAAAAUUAAAAGUAAUAGAUUUAGAAGAAUGUUCAGAGAAAAAAACAAGUGGAGGCUUUAAUAUUGAUAGCAAUGGUUAUGUGAAUGUAUAUACAGAUGGUGCAUGUAGCUCAAAUGGAAACAUAAAUGCAAACGCUGGUAUAGGUGUUUGGUUUGGUGAUAAUCAUCCUCUAAACGUGUCAAGAGCAGUUGUUGGCCGGGCAACUAACAACGUGGCAGAAAUUCAAGCUGUAACUGCAGCUGUCAAACAAGCGAAGAAAGCAGGCAUUAAGAAUUUAAAGAUUAAUACAGACUCCCAGUUUCUCAUUUCCUGUAUAAAUGAUUGGAUGCCGAUAUGGAAAGCUAAUGGAUGGGUCACUUCAAAGAAAACACCCGUUAUAAAUAAGGUUGAACUGUUAGAAAUGGAGGAGGCUUUGAAAUCUCUGAAUGUGAUUUGGAAUCAUGUUAAUGGUCAUGUCGGAAUUCAUGGUAAUGAAAUGGCUGAUAAAUUAGCACGGGCAGGAUGUUUAAAAUAAUAUUUAAUGUAAACGUCUUUAGAUGUUAUUUAAUAAAGUCCUUAAUUAUUUAUAAUAUUUUUCAAAUUCAA